AUUUAGCGAGUAGGGAGAAAGAAACAUGUAAAUUGCAAACACUGAUAGCUGUAGCUUUUUAUACAGAAUUUUAUACCUAUUUGUCAAAUCAAAAUACAGAGCAGAACCAACAAGAAAAAGAUGAUAGUAUAAAAGUGAAUCAAAUAAACUAAAUUACUCAAGAUGAGGACUAGAAGUAAUUCUGGUGUUCGUUUGGAUUACUAUCAGCGAGUGGUACAUAAAUUAAUCUUAGAUCAUCAACAACCAGUGACUGGUUUGUUCCCUGCCAGUCCUCAUAAUGAUCAUGCUUGGAUUCGGGAUAAUUUAUACUGCAUACUGGCUGUCUGGGGCCUUUCAAUGGCAUUCAAGAAGAUAGCGGAUCAAGACGAGGACCGUGCAAAAACGUAUGAGUUGGAACAAAGCUGUGUAAAACUAAUGAGAGGAUUACUAAUGGCUAUGAUGCAGCAAAAAGAAAAGGUAGAAAAAUUUAAAAGCACGCAGAAUCCUUUAGACUCACUUCAUGCUAAGUACUCAUCAACAACAGGGCGGACUGUUGUCAAAGAUAAUGAAUGGGGUCACCUUCAAAUUGAUGCCAUUUCUCUGUAUUUACUUAUUCUAUCACAGAUGACUGCAUCUGGUCUUCAGAUUGUUUUCUCCCUAGAUGAAGUUGCUUUUAUUCAGAAUCUUGUGUUUUACAUUGAAUCAGCUUAUUGUACACCUGAUUAUGGCAUUUGGGAAAGAGGUGACAAAACAAAUCAUGGAUUGCCUGAACUGAAUGCAAGUUCCAUUGGCAUGGCCAAAGCUGCUUUGGAGGCUAUGAAUGAAUUGGAUUUAUUUGGAGCACGAGGUGGACCCUCCAGUGUCAUCCAUGUGUUAGCAGAUGAAGCUCAGAAAUGUCAAGCUGUAUUGCAGUCAAUGUUGCCAAGAGAAUCCAACAGUAAAGAGUUGGAUUCUGGUCUCUUAUCCAUUAUAAGCUAUCCCGCCUUUGCAGUUGAUGAUCCAAACUUGAUAACAAAAACGAGGGAAACAAUAGUAACAAAGUUACAGGGCAAGUAUGGAUGCAAGAGGUUUCUAAGAGAUGGUCAUAAGACACCCAGGGAGGACCCUAACAGGCUCUAUUAUGAGCCAUGGGAGUUGAGAAUGUUUGAAAAUAUAGAAUGUGAAUGGCCUUUGUUCUUCUGUUAUCUAAUUCUUGACUACUGCUUUCAAGGGGAUAAAGGAAAUGUGAAUGAGUAUAUGCAAAAGUUGGAGAAAAUAAUGCUAAGGAAAGACGAUGGUAUCAAAUUAGUCCCUGAGCUGUAUGCUGUGCCUGUUGACAAGGCUGAUCAGGAGCAAAGUGAUCCUGGUAGCCAGGAAAGAGUACCACUUGGUAGGUGCCCUUUUAUUUGGGCACAAUCAUUGUAUAUUUUAGGGAAAUUGUUACAAGAGGGAUUCUUAGCGGUUGGUGAGUUAGAUCCGCUCAACAGAAGGCUGUGCUCGGAAAAGAAGCCAGAUGUGGUUGUUCAGAUUGUGAUACUAGCAGAAGAUAAUGAGAUAAGGGACAAAUUGCUAGAAUAUGACCUGCAUGUCCAGACGAUUAACGAAGUUGCGCCGAUCGAAGUUCAACCUGCCAGGGUGUUAAGUCAUCUUUAUACAUAUCUAGGUAGAAACAAGAAGUUGGGAUUAUCUGGAAGAAAAUCCCGUGAUGUGGGCAUUCUGAGUACAAGCAAAUUGUAUUCACUAAACGACAGGAUAUUUGCUUUUACACCACAGUUUUCUGAUAUGAAGCGUUUCUACAUUGCUUCCGACUAUGAACUGAUGGUUGAUACUCUUAAAGCAGAAAUUAAUUUCUUGAAGUCAUCUUGGCAAAACCUACUUGGGCGUCCGCUUGUUGUAUUGACAUUGAAUCAAAUGUAUUUAGACCAAGGUAAAAUUCCGAUGGCCAUGAUAACAACUAUGAAGAAACUGAAAUCUGGAUAUAUAAACGGUACGAGAGUGACGCUAGGAAAUUUAGGAGAAUUUUUGAGUACAUCUGCCAUAACCAAUCUGAGUUUCCUUGGCAGUCAGGAGGAUGGAUAUCCUGAUAAGCUGAACCCUCAAGUACAAAGCUACCUGGAGGAGCACCUGCUGAAGUCGUUCAGCAACAAGCUGAGCGUGCUGCCGCGGCCGGCCGGCGCCCGGCCCGCGCGCGCGCUGCGCCGGCGCAUGUCCGUGCGCGGCGCCAUCAAGAAGACCAGAUCUAUCAAUGUUGACUCUGAAACUCUAGGCAUGGAAGGCGAAUACGUCGGUCCGCCAUUAGAAAGAAAGCCAUCUUGGCUGGAUGUGGAAACUAUAACGAGCGCGCUCGCUGGACGCAGCCCGUCGCCAGAAGACGCUAGGAAGAAGGCAUUCACCAAGGGCACCUCGACAACAAGUUUGGGUGUUGGUACGCCCACUAUAGAAGUCACAAAAGAGAGUACACCAUCACCACCGAAAGAAGAGGCUGCUUUGGUGAACAAGCCAAUACAAUCGAUUCUGCGCAACCGAAACGCUUCCGAGUCUCAGAACAUGUACGCCGAAACAGAGACUGACGAAUUACUGGCGAUGCUGAGAGAGACUGAGAGUUUGGACGAACAAGGAGACAUCUUGCAGUACUUGGUUGAUACACAUGGCCUCGACUUCAAUACUGGCAUGCUAGAGAACGGCAAGGUGGUGACUGUGAGGGAGUUGCUGAAGGCGCUGUACGAGAAGGCGUGCACUCAGAAACUGUGGGGGCUGGUGAGGCACACUGCCGGCAUGCUUGGAAAGCGUGUGGAAGACCUGGCGAAGGCGGUCACAGACCUGCUGGUCCGCCAGAAGCAGAUCACCGUGGGCAUGCCGCCCAGCAACGAGCACACCAUCACCGCGCCGCUGCCCGAGAACGAACUGAGGCAGCUCAUACAUUUGGCCUAUGGAGACGACGAGAGUACUGCGAUGUUGACUCAAGAGCUGUUGGUGUAUUUGGCCAUGUUUAUCCGCACCGAGCCGCAACUCUUCCUGGAAAUGCUGCGUCUUCGCGUCGGACUCAUCAUUCAGGUGAUGGCAACAGAACUAUCGCGUACUUUGUCCUGUGAUGGGGAAGAAGCCUCCGAGCACCUCCUCAACCUGUCUCCCUUCGAGAUGAAGAACCUGCUGUACCAUAUCCUAAGUGGCAAAGAGUUCGCGAUCAACAGUGUAGGUCGCGGCAACUUCUCCAUCGUUAGCAACAAGUCCAACCGAUAUGGAAAGAAAUCGCAGAUCGUGUUGGAGGGCCAAUCUUUGCAAGGGACUAUUGAUGACACCCCGAUAGCAGAACCAGACCGCCAAGGCCAGUGGCUGCGCCGAAGAAGACUCGACGGAGCCCUUAACAGAGUGCCGCGGGACUUCUACCCGAGGGUGUGGGCGGUGCUCGAGAGGUGCCAAGGUUUAAUAAUACAAGGGAAAGUCCUCCAACCGAAUUUGACCCAAGAGAUGACCUCCGGAGAGUUGAAAUUCGCGCUGGCCGUGGAAACAGUACUUAACUCUAUACCACAACCGGAGUACCGACAACUGGUGGUGGAAGCGCUGAUGGUUCUAACCCUGGUGGUGGAAUACAAGGCGGUGGCGCAUCUGGGCGGAGUCAUACAUGUGGAGAAUUUGGUGCACAAGGCUAAUCAAAUCUUUUUAGAAGAUCAAAUGCGCUGCAACGGCGACGCAACGUUAUGCUGCGCCAAGACAGAGACCAUGGGCUCCCCAGCCGGCGCGCUGGUGUGCGGCGGCGCGGCCACAGUCUGCCAGCACCUUUACGACAGCGCCCCCAGCGGCUCCUACGGCACCAUGACGUAUCUCGCUAGAGCUGUUGCUUCGUUACUGUCUGACCGUAUACCAAAUGCUGAUCCCAUACAGUGUGCCAUCUCUUAAGAUUUUCAGCAACAAUAAAUGUAACAGUAAAACUUUCAAACAUAAACUUAAGCUAUCUCAGAUAUGUUAUUCAUACUUUGGUAUAUUACUGAAAAAAAUAGAAGUAGUUUUAGUGUUGAAUCGUCUUAGUUACACUCAUAUGGUGUUGAAAUAUCUUGGUUUAUAUAUAUACUUACGUAUGUAUGGCGUAACUUCGAUACUUUUAUAUAUCAAACAUAAAAGUAUCGAGGUUAAUGAAACAGAUGGUUAUAUCGACGAAAAUAAAAAAUACACUUGUCUUCUAGGUAAGGCCAGUGUGUGAUUGUAUAUCAUCUAAUUUGUUAUUAACGUUGCCUAUUUUAUACUCAUAUACAAUUACAUAUUUUUUUUAGAUAUUACAUUAUUGAAAAAAUAUAACAGUAUUUUAAUAGGAUUGUUUAAUGGGUCACAAAGUUUAUGUACCUAGUAUUAGGAGACCAUGUUGGUUAUGAUUUGUAAUAUUUAAAUAUUUGUAAUAAUAAUUUUCAUAUCAUGUUUUAUAAAUUUGUAACAGCCGUGAAUAUAUGUAUAAUGCCCAAUUGAACAUGCAACAAAAUAUUAUGGAUAUUGCUCAUAUGUUCCACAAUACUGUUUUUUAUUUUCGGCACACCCAUAUAAAUUGUUAAAUCAUUAUUAAAUAAAAACAAAUAAAAAUGCC